GUAUAUCUUCAUCUUGUUACUGCAAAAAUUUUAUAAAUUAAUAAGACUGACAUAAGAACUUGUCAAACAUAAUUAACACAAAUUAUCAUCACAUAAGACAAUACAGAACCAUCUUCCUUAUCCAAACAUCAAGGAUUCCUCCACUUUUAUAUCCAAAGAAAAUUUUAAAAUCAUAAAAACACUUUGGAAAAAUGAAAACAUUAACUUUUCCAGUUAAAAUCAUUGGUGCCGCUUGGAAACAACAAAAUCUACUUAUCAGAAAUUUUCGUUCUUCAGCUGCCAUAAACAUGAAAUUCGUUCAAUACAAAGAAAAGAAUAGCCAGAAACAACUUCUAGGCAUCUUUUCGGACGACGGAAGUGAAAUUAAAGAUCUUAGUGGUUUUUCAAAUGACCUCAAAACUUUCAUUGAGUCGGGAACAAGCAUUGAUGAAGUCAAAGCAAAGGAAUCUGGUCUGAAAUCUGUCAAAACUUCGGAUGUUGAAAUUUUGUCACCAAUCACGGAGCCUCAAAAGAUCUUAUGCGUUGGAUUGAAUUAUCGUGGACAUUGUGAUGAACAGAACAAGCCAUAUCCAAAAGAGCCAAUGUUCUUCAGCAAGUAUGCAUCAGCUCUAACUGGACCAUAUGGUGAUGUCAUUGCACAUAAGAUUAGUGAUCAAAUUGACUGGGAAGUAGAACUUGCUGUAAUUAUUGGAUCGAAAGCAUUCCAUGUUAACAAGGAAAAUGCUCUUGACUAUGUUUUUGGAUAUAGCGUUGCUCAAGACAUCUCAGCUCGUGAUUGGCAAAAGAUGAGAAAUGGUGGGCAAUUCUUAAUCGGAAAAAGUAUGGAUUCAUUUUGUCCAUUAGGUCCAUCUGUGAUCCACAAAUCAGUUAUUGAUCCAAGUGAUCUUCCAAUUACAUGCAGCGUUAAUGGAGUCCAGAAACAAAGUGGCAGAACUAGUGAAUUGAUCUUUGAUAUUCCAGACAUCAUUUCACGUGUCACACAAUCAAUUACUUUACUUCCUGGGGAUGUCAUCUUGACAGGAACUCCAUCUGGUGUUGGAAUGCAUAGAAGUCCACCAGAAUUCCUUAAAGCUGGAGAUCUGAUUGAAAGUGAAAUUGAAGGAAUUGGAAAAAUUGUCAAUAAAGUCGUCGAAGGUUGAGGCUUAUAGCUGUCAACAAAAUUUAUUUUUGUAGCAGAGAAAUUAUUUGAGUGCAAUAAAAAGAUAAAGACGACUUUUGUAAAUAUAUAA